AAAAAAGGAAUGGAAAUAAACAGGCGGCAGACCCAAACGAGAGGAGGAAAACCUGUCACCAUUCUAGAGAGAGAGAGAGAGAGAGAGAGAGGGAGGAUAAUUAUCAACUAAAUACUCCUAAUAAGUCUCUGUACAAUCCUUGUUUAUCGCUCCCCACUCCUUCCUCUACCUCUACAUCUCCGCCCAAAAUUUCUCCGUUUGCGGCCGGCAACGCCAAAUCAUCCGCCGUCUGAUCUAGGGUUCUUCAUUCCCCUCGAAAAGGGAAACAAAGAAUCGGGCGCCCCGAGUUUUGAUUGAAACUGCGUGUGAUUCUCAUUUGUGAUUGUUUCUGGUCAAUUGGGGGAUAAUUUGACAUGGGGAAGGAAUAUGGUUAAGAAUGGAUUGAGUUUGCGGGGCCAUUCAUGAAAUAAUUGAGGUGUGCAGUUGAAGACCCUUUUUUGCAGAAUUUUCGAUUGAAGUUGGAUUGCUGCCUCUUCGAAAACUUUGAUCAGGCCUGGUCAUUUUAGAAAGAAGAGCAAAAAUGCAGGGUUACUUCCCUCGUAAUAUUCAUCUUGAGGUUUAUCUGGACCGAACUUAAUUUACCAUGUAGGGGUAAUUCGUGACAUAUCGACUGUAAAUAUCAAAACGGGUUCCUUCGAAAGUGAUUUGCUAGUGUGGUUUGUAAAGAUUUGGAUAGAGCUGAAUAUCAGAUUUCGGUUCAUGGACAAUAUCACCUCAGAACUUUUCAUUGAUCUUGAGAGUGGUCGGUUGACUACUGAAGAGGGCACCAGCCAAAGCGUUGUUUCGGGAAAUAGAAAAGAGAAGAAUUUGGUCCUUAGUAUUGCGAGUGGUUUGCUGCAUUUUAAUGGAGCUGUUGGGGGUGACAAUCGUGUUAACGCAUACGGCAAUUUGGGGGAACCUAGCAAGGUUGCAGUUGAAAAUGUAGAAGUGGUAAUCAGCAAUAGAUCAGGGGGAGAAGAGAAUGAAGAGCAUAUGGCUCUCCUUGAGGAGAAAGUGAAAGAGAAGCAUAAAAAGCGAAACUAUAGAAAGGCUUCCAAGCCGCCACGGCCUCCUAAAGGUCCGUCGUUGGAUGUUGCAGACCUGAAAUUGGUAAAGGAGAUCUCUGCAAUUAACAUGAAGAAGCGUGCGAGGAGUGAACACCUCAAGGCUAUGAAGAAGAUGAAGGAGACCAAAUCGUUAUCAUCAUCACUAUCCUCAUCAUCUCCCUCAUCCUCAUCGCCAUCGUCAUUAAGCAGCAGCCUAUCUGCCAUGGUCAUCACAGUUCUCUUCUUCCUUGUAAUACUCUAUCAAGGAUUUUACUCCGGAGGUAGCCCGAGCGUGAGCUUUCAGGGAUCUCCCGAGCCAGCAUUAGCUACAAACAGUUUGAUUUCGGUCCAGUUCUAUGAUAACCCCUCCCCAAAUGGAAGUGGACUGGGUUCUUAACUCCCCUAGUGCAUCCUUCGGUUUCUUGGAAGACUUAUUGCAUGCAGUUUGAUUAGUAAAGCAUUAUGAGCUUCUCUGUUUGUUUCAUGAUGGUGCAGCUGUGCAGCAAUACAGGCUUUUCAAAAUUUAGACCGCCUGGAAAACAGUACAAGUCUGAAGUUUUCAAUCUUUCCCUCCUUUCAGUGGAUUACGCGACCACUGCUUGUUGUAUUUGUGUAUAUAUUGGCUAAACUAGAUUCAGAUUAUUAACUUGUACAAGUUCAUGUUUAUGUUCACGUUUUAUCUAUACCUUGCAUUUGACGUUUC